AUGAACUUGAUUCUUGAAGUCGCGAUGGAGAGGGGAGGCUAUGUACUUGCCAGUGGCCGUACGGCCAAGAAAGCCAAGUCCGAACAACUCACAAGAGUCGAUGACAAGAGCGCAAAUCCUCUUGGAUUUGAUGGGACAAAACUCCAAGACCACAUGGGUGCUACUUUAGGGUUGAGGAAACCCGUUUUGGGGAUGACAAGAGUUGGACAAGAGUUGGACAAGACGGGCCAAGAGAAGUUGAUGAGUUCGCACGGCUCAUAA